AUGCAGAAUAUAAAUGCGCCUGGACACCAAACCAUUAGCAAGCACCAAGUGGCGAGAGAUGGCAACCCUUGCGUCUUCUUCGACAUUGGUUUUGAUAAGCAGCCAGUGGGCCGCAUUGUAUUCGAGCUAAGGAGUGAUGUUGUUCUAAAAACUGCAGAGAACUUCUGUGUGCUUUGUACCAAACCAGAGGGUGAGGGGUUUAAGGGAUCAAUUUUUCACCAAAUAAUUCCUGGCUAUAUGUGCCAAGGUGGAGAUUUCACAAAAGGCAAUGGCACAGGGGGCAAAUUCAUCUAUGGUAACAAAUUUCCAGAUGAGAACUUCAUACUCAAACAUGAAGGAGAAGGUAUACUGUCAAUGGCAAAUGCUGGGCUCAAUACAAAUGGAUCACAAUUUUUUAUCCGUACUGCCCAAACUAGUUGGUUGGAUGGAAAGCAUGUUGUGUUUGGCCGUGUGGUAGAAGGCAUGGAUGUUGUAAAACAAAUGGAAUCAAAGCGACCACAGAGUGGAAAGACGAGUGUUACUGUUCACAUUCUUCACUGUGGAACAACAUGA